CUUUCGAUCUCUGUGCUAGCUUCCUUGUUUUUUCACAUUCUUCGAUCUUUGCUGUUUGCACGAGAACGGCCGAAAUUGAGAGAAAAGCUUGGAGUUGCAGUUUUUAUCUGAUCUUUGUUUUUGGAUAAUUCGUGUCGGGAUCUUCUAAUACGCACCAAGAGUUUAUCUUUCAGAAUAAAUCAGCAUGCCUUGGACGUCUUCUUUUGUUAACUACAACAGGAAGUGCGUACGCUUGGUGGUUUUCUUCCGUGUUAUUCUGUAAAAUUGUUGCUUCUGUGGUGAAAAUCCUUCCCCUGUGUGAAGGUGUUCUUUCCGUUUCAAUUGUCCUGGUUCUAGGUAAUAUACUGGUUUUGGAGGAGUGAGAAUGUACGUUGUGGUUAACCUGAAGAGAUAUCGAGCAGUGAAGGAAGUGGGAAAAAUUACGAUGAAUGUUAGGAUUAUUGCGUAUUACCAACUGAUGCAAGUUUGUCAGGCCGAGUAUUUCCGCCAGUUGCUUAAGCCUGUUACGUAGUUUAGAUAUUGCGUUGCUCCAAGACACAAAGUGACUUCCCUUCGCUUUAUAAAGUCAUUAAUUGGGAGGCAGUUGAAGAUUUGGAGUAUAUGUUUAUGGUGGCUGUUAAAUUGGGAUAGACAGCUUUCUUGUUCAAUGAUGGCAAUAGCUUAAGGACCCCCUUCAUCAUCUACUUCGUACUGUUUUCAUUCAGUAGGCCUCCUGAUACCUUAGAAAAUCUGUUCCACUGUUAACCAAGUAAUUCCCUACUUAAGGCCAUCUCUAUACCAAUCAAAUCCAUCCUUACUGUGUUAGAGAGUUCAGCAAAAACCGCUCAUGCAGAGUGACCAACAAAUUUACCAGCAAAAGGUGGUGACACCUCAUGCAUAUCAAGUUGGUGGUAGUUGUAUGCAUAAUGGAUCUAUGGCGCCCCCCACCCUUGGUAUAACUGUACCUCCACCAACAAAGCAUUCAACACCCCUUCAUGGGGUUGAGCUGCAGCCUUUAGAAGUCUGUCCCAAGAACUUCAUCAUCUUUGACCAGAAUGAUAAGAGAAGCCGGAUCAUGUUCCAUCCUGCACUCGCCCACAAAUUCAGUUGCCCUGGCUUUGAUAUCGAAGCAACUGACAUUGAAAAUGACGAGGAGAGGGAGAACAGAGACUUCUCUUCUACCUUCAAAGAGGACACAGAGGAUAUUGAUGCACUGUUGAGUUUGGAAGAGGAAGAGCAGGAAGAUGGGGACGAGGUUAGCACGGCACGAACUCUUGGCAGCUGUGGAAGCAAGUCCACGGAUUCAUGCUCAAACUAUGGUUCAAAACCGAGCAAGCGGAAGAUGUCUUCUUCUGUUCAGAAGUUGUACUCUGGCAGCAACAGCAGCAGCAGCAGCAGCAGCAACAGCAGCAGUGAAAGGAAGCGGCUGAGGAUGAAGAAGAUGGUAAAAGCGCUGCGGGGAAUUGUACCAGGUGGUGAUGAGAUGAAUACAGUUGCUGUUCUUGAUGAGGCUGUUAGGUACCUCAAGUCUCUGAAGGUGGAAGUGGAAAAGCUUGGCAUAGGGGAUUUGAAGAUGUGAAAGACUGCCAUGGUAACAGAUAGUGGACUCUCCCUUUAUCUAUUAUAAUUAUGAAUAAUAUCUGUUUUAGUUAGGCAAUUAUCCCUUUCACUUUCUAUAUCUCUAUAGUAUAUUUAACAGCAAGGAGGUGUUGGGAGGAUGACGAUGAUGACCGGAGAUAAGGUCAUGUGGGAAAGGCUUAUGAUGCUUUUGAUGGUGGGGGUGUUGCUUAUGAAUGGAAAGUUUGGUGUUUGGGCUCGGAUGGGGUGGAGUUUCAACUUUCAAGAGUUUCUCUGACUGACCCUCUGUGAGAUUUGUUGUUCUACAGGUGGGGAAGAAGGGUAGGGAUGGGAAGAUUGAAUUUAACUUUUUCUAUCGCUUUGAUGGGGGAGGAACGGUACGGUGGGUGGAGGGAGUUAAUGUAAUAUGUAUGUGUUCUUUCCAUCUUUCUUUUCAGCAUCUCAUCUCUCUUUUUCUGACUUUGGGCUGCUACUGGCUCUUUUAAUGCCAUAAUGUUUCUGUUAUAUACUAAA